AUGGGGUUCUUUUCCAAUAUUAAACAACAACAUGGUACCACCAGCGUUGAAUUAUUGAAGACAUUGGCCAACAAUUACAUCAAGCAAGCAUCAUUGCGAAACCGAAGAAUUUUUUUACUCAGAUGCAGACAAAAAGGAUUGUUACCGAACCACAUCACACAGGGCACUUUAAACAUUAACUCAAUGUUACAUCACACUAGGGGGAACACAGGACAGAGGAUACUUAACUUCAAUCACAGGUUGAGAAAGAAUAUUUUAAACUUGGAGAUCAAGGUGACCUUCUGUGAUCUCGAUAAUGUUGAAAAAACUAUUAAGGAAAUUACAAAACGUCUUUAUAAUUGUUUACCUCAUAACAUUGUGUAUGAUUUUAUCCAGAGACAGAAAGUUAAGUCUAAUAAAACUUUCCUUAAGAUUAAACGUACUAACAUAAAAAAGAUCAAUGCUCUUAUACAAUAUAAUUUAAAAAGUAUUAAAACUCAGCCUAAGUGGUUUAAGAAUCUUACAGAUGUUGAUAUACCACAAGACAUUAUAGAUUUAAUUUCUUUGGGACCAAAAUUUUGUCUCUGUCCCACCACUAAUGACAUUUCUAUCCCGUCUCUACUUGCAGAUCUGGAGAGAAUUAUAUACAAUUUUGAUAAUGAACAGAAGGACACCUUUAGAGCUCAGUACACUAAUAUUAUUACUAAUCAUAUUCAUAAGCAUCACGAUGACAGACCCUUUUUAAGUGAUAUUUUUAAAAAAAGUAAACUCUUCUUCAAGAAUCAUCCUGAGUUGUACAUCCUUAAGAGCGAUAAGGGAAACGUGACCGUGGCUAUGUACAAAGACGAAUAUAAUGCUAAAAGCCAAGAACUGCUUGAUGAUGAUAAAUAUUAUCUUAAACUUAAUAGAAAUCCUACGUACACGUUUCAACUUAAAGCUAAUGCAAUAGUUAACAAAUUGAAGGACAGGGGUUUCAUUGACAAUGACACUGCUAAAAAUAUAAUGGCUUACAACACCAUUGCUCCGAGGUUUUACACCCUUCCAAAAAUCCAUAAACCUACACUGUCGGUUAGACCCAUUGUCUCUUCGAUUAAUUGUCCUAAUGGUCAAUUGGCCAAAUAUAUAACAGAUAUUCUUACUAGGGCGUAUAAUGUUGACAAUGAUUAUUAUGUCAGGGAUUCUUUUUCAUUCAGUACUUUCAUUAACAACUUUCAGAUUCCGCCUGACUAUGUAAUAGUUAGCUUUGACGUCGUUUCUUUGUUUACUAACCUCUCGAUGGAGGUGGUUCUGAAAAGUUUGCGUAAUAAUUGGAAUAGUAUUUCCCCGUGUUGUCCAUUUGACUUCGAAACACUCGAGCGGGUAAUAGAGUUUAUUUUUGAUUCUAAUUUUACUAUUUUCAAUGGUACAUAUUACAAACAGAUUUUUGGCACCCCUAUGGGUUCUAAAAUUUCACCCAUUUUAGUAAAUUUUGUGUUGGACGAUCUGGUUAAGGAUUGUCUACAUUACAUGCCACAUCAUAUUCCCUUUGUUAAGCGCUACGUAGAUGAUUUGUUACUGGCUGUUCCUAAAGAUCAGAUAGGCAUGACUUUAGAAUUUUUUAAUACCUACGACAGGCAUAUUCAAUUCACUGUGGAAGAAGAAACGAACAGAGCUGUUCCGUUUCUUGAUAUGUUGGUUAUGAGAACAGAAAAUAACAUCCUUAAACAAAAUGGUAUAGAAAGCCAUAUUGUUCAAAUCGUUUCAUCAGCUACCAUUCAUAUCACACAAUGA